GCUCAGCAAGGGGUCCGUCCUUCUCUGUCACUGUCUCUUUUGCCUGUUGUAAUUCUGUCUGCCUCUCUGGGACUCUGCCUGUCUCACUCUUUCUGGCUGUGCCUCUCCUCACUCUUGUUCUUUCUGCCUGAAUCACAGCCCUCAGUCUUUCUGUCCUCAUGCAUUUGUCUUUGUGGCUCUUUCCGUUUUUCUGCCCUUGACACCAUCCCCUCUCCCAGUGCUUUCCCUUUACUUCCAGACCGCUUCAUGACUUAGGCAGGGAAACAGAGGCCAGGGCCUCUUUCCUGGCUUCCCUCUGCAUCUUACUGAGUAUGCAGGUCGGAAGAGCCUCGGGUCCUGCCGCUGCGGGUGGCCUAGAGCCAAAGGAAGGCGGAGCCCAUCGGGGCGGGAUUGGCCCUUAGGGCCACCUCAUAAAGCCUGGGGCGAGGGGCACGACGGCCUUGGGAAGGAGCCCUGUUGGGGCUGUUCGGUCUGACAGACCUCACAGACUCAGUCGGGCUCUGCAGUGUCAUGCCUGGGAGCCCCCGGCCCGCGCCAAGCUGGGCGCUGUUGCUGCGGCUGCUGGCGUUCCUGCGGCCCCCGGGGCUGGGCGAGGCAUGCAGCUGCGCCCCGGCGCACCCUCAGCAGCACAUCUGCCACUCGGCACUUGUGAUUCGGGCCAAAAUCUCCAGUGAGAAGGUAGUUCCUGCCAGUGCAGACCCUGCUGACACUGAAAAAAUGCUCCGGUAUGAAAUCAAACAGAUAAAGAUGUUCAAAGGGUUUGAGAAAGUCAAGGAUGUUCAGUAUAUCUAUACACCUUUUGACUCUUCCCUCUGUGGUGUGAAACUAGAAGCCAACAGCCAGAAGCAGUACCUCUUGACUGGUCAGGUCCUCAGUGAUGGAAAAGUCUUCAUCCAUCUGUGCAACUACAUCGAGCCCUGGGAGGACCUGUCCUUGGUGCAGAGGGAAAGUCUGAAUCAUCACUACCAUCUGAACUGUGGCUGCCAAAUCACUACCUGCUAUACAGUACCCUGUAUCAUCUCGGCCCCUAAUGAGUGCCUCUGGACAGACUGGCUGUUGGAACGAAAGCUCUAUGGUUACCAGGCUCAGCAUUAUGUCUGUAUGAAGCAUGUUGACGGCACCUGCAGCUGGUACCGGGGCCACCUGCCUCUCAGGAAGGAGUUUCUUGACAUCAUCCAGCCCUAGUAGGGACCAGUGACCAUCACAUCCCUUCAAGAGUCCUGAAGAUCAAGCCGGUUCUCCUCCCGUGCAGAGCUUUGGCCAUUACCACUUGACUUCUUGCUGCCAGCUAAUAGAAGUGCCAAGUGGAUGGUCUGGCCACUGUCAGGGCAGGGAAGGGGCCAUGACUUUUCUGCCCUGCCCUCAGCCUGUCGCCCCUGCCUCCUAAACCCCAUUAGUCUAGCCUUGUAGCUGUUACUGCAAGUGUUUCUUUUGGCUUAGUUUGUUUUCUAAAGCCAGGAUUAUUCUCUUUCCUCCCCAGGAAAACGUGUUUUCCUUUGUCUUAAUCAAUCUGGUAGGGGAGAAAUGGUGAAUGUCAUACAUAUGAGAUGGUAUAUCCUUGUGAUGUACAAUAUCAGAAGGUGGGUUGACAGCAUCAUAAACAGACUGACUGGCGGGAAUGAAAACAA